UUUAAACCUGUCAUUCUGAUGUCUGUUUUGAAUAAGGUGGAAUCUAUGCAAGCAUUUCUAUUCACGCCUAGCUUUCAAAUAUUCCGUUAUAACAACUUUCUUGACAUUUUGAGCGACCACCAUUAUAACGAUCCAAUAAAUUUUGCCAGAGUUCGGAGUCAUUCACUUCUUAAAUUUAUAAACCGCCAUAGAAAGUCGAGUUCUAUAAGGAACAGGUUCGAUACUUUGCAACACCAUGACAUUAGGGCGUACGAAAGUAUUCUUGCCUAUGAGUCUUUGAAUGUGCGCAAAUUUCUUCGUAUUCUUAUUAGGGAGGAGCUGAUACAUAGCCAUCACCCAAUAAUUAACAACGAAGAAUUGGUACAGGUGAACUUCUCUAACUACGUGCGAUAUCUAAUUAACCUUCCCAGCAAUGUCAACCCUUCCACAUUAACUGAGGUUGAGAGAACUCAUUAUAAGUACAAGGAUUUUUUCAGAAAGAUUGCAGAUGCUUUGUACUCCUUGAAACAGGAAGACAUGGGUGAUGGCUGUGAUGUAGAGUUGACUAAAGUCAAUCUAUUAUUGCAUUCGAUUACCAAAGUGUCUUACGAAUAUAUUCUUUUGGAGAAAUAUAAUAUUCAAAUCUUAGGUAAGUUCCAUAACAACUGCAUUCUCGCAAGUCAAUCCCUGCGUGGUUUAUUUGAAAAGUAUAAGGAAAAGAUAACCAGCCAAGAUCCGGAGUCUACAAAGGUUUUAAUUUACAAUACGUUUUACAGUGUCCAAUAUGGUUGGUAUCUUGCUCUUACUGUCCCAUUUGUUCGGGUUUUUGAAACAAAUAUAUACGCAGAAAACCCAAAGAUUAUUGAUGACCUGGAAUUGUACGCCGAAAUAGAAUCCAGAAUCCGCAAACAAUCGUUUGUCGAGUCCGAUAAACUUUUAUUUGAUGAUUAUUUUAAGAAACUACAAUUCGAAGAAUUUAGCGAAUACAAGUCGAUGCCACCGGAAAAGUUAGUCAAUAUGGCCAAAGCAGUUGAUAAUGAGUCUGCAAAAUAUUCAGAUGUGAACCGCCACGAAUAUCCUGAUCCUAGCGCAUCUUUCAGCCACAAGCCAAUGAAUUUCGAAUUCUACUCUGAAAGUUUAUCGACUUUAGAAUCCAACUCGUUUGACUUAAUUCACUCCCGCGAUUUACAGUUGCAACUCACACCUACUAAUUAUAAAAUCGUUCUACGAGAAUUCUACAGAAUAUUGAAGGUUGGUGGGAAGCUAGAAACUCCAAUAGUCAAGUAUGGGAACGAGUCAAUAUUCCAGGGUGCCAAGGAUGGUAAACCUCAAUGGGACUUCAUGGAAAUCGAUUUGGCAAACUUUCUCAAAAUCAUUCCUAAUUUCAUUGAGGUCUUGCUUGUUGAGUUGUACGAAAUAUUUGGUAAGGGAAAUGUCAAGUUUAGCGUUGUUUUGUUAAGUUCGUCAAAUGAGGUCAAUAACUUCCUUAUUAGACGGAUUGGAAUUCAACUAUUCGAAAUCUUUGGGAAGAUUGAUGAGUAUUGCGCAAAAUUUAAGGACCAUGAUGACCCUGUCAAACCAAUGUCUACUGAAGGAGGCAUUCAUUAUUAUAUAAAUAUUUGUGCCCAAAAGUCGCAAUUGUGA